CCCAACACUUCCACCAGCACACAGAGGCAGAAGAAACCCCUCUGGAGCAGCACACCAGGCUCAGAGAGAUUCUUCAAGAAUCAAAACUCUUAUUAUGGACAAAUCCAAGCCAAACGUCUGCUCCAGCCAGUGCAACCCAGCUGAUAAGGAACCAGAUGGCGUCCACACCGACUGCCUGGGCUUUUUUUCCAUGGACUCAAAUGUUCCUGGCCUUUCCAAUGUCAUUCUUGCAAAUCUUAACCUGAAGGACCAGAUGGAGUACAGGUCUGCCUUGGAAGGAACAAAAUUUGGCAAGGACUUUGGAAUCCGUUCUCAUCGUGAGAUGUUUCAGAAGAUUGAGGACACUUUCAGAUUUUGUGCUGAGUGUAAGAAGCUUCCACAAGACCUAAUGGAUCCUGCAGCACUUCGCCGGUGCAAAAGGUGUCAAAAUGUGUACUACUGCGGUGUCAGCUGUCAGAAGGUGAAUUGGCCAACUCACAAAGCUUUCUGCAAAAAGCUUCAGCUGGCAGCCAUUGACCGUCUGGUUGAGUGGCUCGUCUUCAGAGGCGUCCUUCCUUUCACUACCUGUGCCUGGACCAGGCAGCCGCAUGAGUUGACGGGUUGGGGCGACUGGUUUUCCAUGCAAGAGAAUCUGGAGUAUGAACUUGACAAAGUGCUUGAGAGCGAUCACAUGAGAAUCCUGUGGUCAAAUGCAGGCAAGCCACGUCCAGAAGACCCGGACCUGAAGGAGUCUGUCAAAAGAGUCACUUCGGAGUUUCUUUCGCGGCCGCUGACCAUUGGCUUUGGUCUGAAAACAUUUGGGUUGAAUCCCCUCAAGCAACCCCUUACCAUCCACGUGGUGGGAGCCUCUCACACAGAGACGUUAAAUGCCCGAGUCACAGACAUGGAUGAGUUGGCUCGCAUGUUCUCUGGAAACCAAGGCCUAGAGGUGGUGAUGGUGGGCCCAGAGGUUAUCAGGGGAGACAUUUCAAGACCCCCUUUAAAGGCUUUAGGGCCUAAAGGAAGAGUCUACCUUAGUGCGUAUAAAGAGCUUUACCACAUCUUCUGGGAGAGUAUGGUGGAGACGCGGGAAGCUGCACGGCCUGAUUUAGUGGUGGGAUUUCAUCCGGGAUUUCAUGCUUCGCAGGGUCUGGCUGAGGGAUGGCUACCCACUUUGCUUCUCCUUAGAGAUUACAGGAUCCCUUCACUCUUCACUUUCUACAAUGACCUUGAGCUGAAGUACUCCCUGCAGAUCCUGGCAGAGCUCGAGUGCCACAUCAUAACAAGUGGCGCUAAUCCUUGGUGCUCCCUGAAGCCAGAGCAGGUGCAGUCCUGCCCCAACAAGCUGCCCGUCUACUGCAACGGGUAUUACGCAGCUUUCCUUGGUGCGGUGGAGGAACCUCGAGAAGGGGAAGACGUGGAAGAGGAAGAGGAACAGCUGAGUCAUCGGCCGCUCUAGCAGUCGGAUAAGCAGGACAAAAGAAGGACAUGGCCCGUGUGCAACGUGUUUGUUUGUUCUGCAUGAUGGGCACGAACGCAGGGGCACACAACAGCAUUUGGACACACUGCCCCUCUGUGUCAUGCACUUGCCCAGGAAUGUGUUGACCGAGAGUUGCUACUGCAUGUCUUGUGAAUUCUCUCGGAGUUUUCUUUGGUGUUUCUUUUUUCUCAGGGUUGUAAUUUGAAUUUGUAGCUGACUAGAUGGGACUGACCAACACCAGGGACACGAUGCAGUGACCAUUUCAAAAACCACUCGUCCAUAAUGGUGGUGGUGGUUCGAGGAAUCAUGGCUUUCAAACGUUUAGAGCACAAAGAUGAGGCUUUGAUUGUCUGCUGGAUGUUAAAAGGAUAAAACUUGUCAGCCCAUCCAGUGCCACCCUAAGCCCAUUUGAAAAGCAGAAUGUGGAGCUCAGGCACUUUGGUGGUGUUGCCUCAUUUUCUCUUACUAUUUAAACAUUUGUCCUAUUUUCUAGAAUAGCAAGACAAGGACAUGGCAGCUGCCAUCACAAGAGGACGUGUAUAGUUUUCUAAAAUUCACUUUUGGCAUCAGCUUUAUCUAAAAUGCAAUUCCAGGAAGCCCAGAUGUACGCGUGACUGGGCACCAGCCCAAUGCCAGGCACCUUCUGUACAUUCAUAGAUGUCCACAGUGAGCUGAUUUCAAAUCCUGCGUCUUCAGGCCUCGUCCCACCCAGUCUGUGUGGUGCAGCUUUAUGGACCUCUGGUACAAUUUCCACAAAAGUCUGGUUUGAUUGUGAAGAUGUGGCCACUGCUAUCGCACUGCGGUGGGGACCAAAACUACCUGACGGAGACCCUUUGGAGACAUCGGCCUUAACGUUUCCAAGCGAACGCUGAGGCGUUUAUAUGAGGGCUGAAGGUGAUCUGACACGGGGCCAGUCUAACCGCUGGAAACAAGGAGCAAAGUGCGGUCGGCACGCAACGUGUCUGCGCUCACUAAUUAGAGACCCUCGUUCAUUCACAGCACGGCGACUCGAGAGUCCACAUAGAGAACUGAGCCUGAACGCACAGCAGGCACACGUGGGGCAGGAUUACCAGGCAGCCAGAGCAAGCCUGGCACCUGACCAGGCCCCGGAUGGGAGCCCCUGGCAUAUUUGAUUCUACAACAUACUUUCCAAAUAUUCUUCUAGAGGCGUCUUGCUGAUACUGCUGUGUGUGAUCAAUAAAAAGAAGAAUUACGGAAAAGGUGCUGGUGUGCAGCACACCUGAAAUGAUUUUCCCAGAAAAGACUCCAUGAAAGGAGUCCACAGUAGACCUGAGGGGUGUUAAUUGAUAUGUUCAGCUGGCAUGAAAGUUUACAGCGUGAAGCACAACUGAAUUACCUGGAAAAUGAAACAAAAUAACAAAUCGGCCCCGCAUUUGGCACAAAACAAACAGACUAGGAGUGCAAAAAGGCCUUCAGACUGUCAGAGAAAACCCUGAUGGGCAGAGGAAAAGCAGCACACUCCACAAAGACAGCGUGGAUGGCAUCGCCCAGUCACCGUGCCACCUGUGAACAGCUCUGGACAACCCCUGUUUGGCUCAUUGGGUUCUUAUGUUGUGCGCAUCCCGUCAGGCAGAUUCGGGGGGCUGUACAGUCAGUCAGCCAUUAGCCAACCUGCUAUACCCUAACUCAGGGUCACGGGGGGCCUGCUGGUGCCAAUCCCAGCCA